AUGAAGAAGAUGGAAUGUGAAAUGGAACAGGUGUUCGAUCAGAAGGCUCGCGAGAAGCACGCCAAGUUGAAGGAGUCCGAAGCAGAGCUGGCUCGGCGGCACGAGGCCACGCGGCGUGCGCUCGAGGCCCAGGCCCGGGACCUGGAGGAGAGGCAGCGAGCGCUCCGGGCCGAGCAGGCCGCCUGGGAGAGGGACACAGGGCUCUCGCUCGAUGAUCUGCGUAGGAGGUCGCUUGAGGCCAACAGCAAGGAGAGGACGGGCUGCUGGUGUACCGUUAACGCGACGUACGUAGCCCAGAGCUUAAAGGUGGCUGAUAAAGCUUUGGACAUUAGCUACCACACUGUUGUCAUAAUAACAUACUCACCACCGUAUAACACUCGCAGCCCCGAGCCAAUAUACUAA